AUGGAGUACGCCAAGAACACAUGGGCCUUUCGGUACCGUUCUGUACAGCGUCACCCACUGAGCAUCACCGCAUGGUUUGUAUCUCCAUCCAUUACAGGACAAGUUUUGGAUAACCGGAGUCGGGCUCCUUGGCGUUUGUCAUCUAUAACAGAUUUCUUCUGGUCGAUAGCAGAUUUUGUGGUUCUUUUUUUCCAGAGCAUUCUUCAACCAGAUUUGAGAAGAAGAGGCUACACAUCUUCCUCCUAUUCAAGACACAAUGAUGGAAGAGGGCCUCCAGCACAUCCUCGCCGUAGGAUGGGUCGAAUAAAUCACUGGGGUGGAGGCCCCAGUCCACCACCAAUGGCUGGAGGUGGAUGAGGAAGGUAAGCGACUGCUGAAGAGGCAGGCAAAAGCAUACACAUUUGCAAAAUGAAGGGGAAGAAGAGUUUAGUGGUGGACCAAAUGAGUUUGAAUGUUGUGAAUGUGUAUGUCUAACUGGAAACUGUUCUGUGAUAUAAGCAGAUUAAUGAAGUUGUACUGGGAACUCCUUCAAGGAUCCAGUGUAACUGAACCACAGUUUUGUUAAAUACAUGCUGACUGUCUAAAAUCUUUGUACAGUUUCUGAACAUUUUACUGUAGUUGUAAAUUAAUAAAUAAAUUAUAUUUGGCUUGUCA